AAAAAGAAAAAGGAGCUGUUUUUCGUCACCUCGCCAAAACUCACUGCAAAAUUUGUUGUUGUGUCGAGUUCCCAUCAACGCUUCAAUCUUGAGCUCAAUCGUUGUUUUGUUCUCUUCCCAAUCAACAAGUACUCAUUGUUUUUUCGUAUCUGCGUUGUUACUAUCUUUGAUUCUGAUUCUGUUCCUUCACGCCAAAGUGAACUCCUUGGAAGUUUGCUCAUUCAAUUUUAAUUUAAUUCUUCGCCCCUCUUUUCUACAAUAUAAUCAUUUAUUUAAGCCAUAGACGCAUACAUCAAAUUAAAAUAAACUCUUUCUUAUAAUCGUCAAUUGCUUGCCUUAACUGACUUGCUAGCUGUCAAAUUCUGUUUAUCUUAGAAAAUUAGCACAGAUUUGAUCACAGAAACGUGAAAUAUUUUACCCCAUAUAGUUCUUUUUAAUACUAUAAGGUGGUGAAGAUUCAAACUUUCUUUUGAAGAGAAAGAGUAGAAAAGGAAGGAGUUGUGUUGAAGAAAAAAAAAGUGAGAAAAAAUUGAUUAUGGCUGAGUUUGGAGGAAGAUGGUUGAAGGGUGUUGUGGGAAUGGGAUCCAUAUGGAUGUUGUUGCUGUGUUUUGCAUCUGUUAUGGUGUUUGUUUCUGGUGAAAGGAUGAUGAAGAUGGAAGUUCCAUGGUUCAAUGUUACUCAACAAGAUCAGAGUUUCCUGAACAUAGCUGUGAAUUUCUUAUGGCAAGCUAAUGAAUCAGGUUAUCAACAUGUGUGGCCGGAUAUGGAAUUCGGGUGGAGAAUUGUGCUUGGUAGCUUUAUUGGAUUUUGUGGAGCUGCAUUUGGAAGCGUAGGUGGUGUUGGUGGAGGUGGCAUAUUUGUUCCCAUGCUUAGUCUCAUCAUUGGUUUUGAUCCAAAAUCAUCAACUGCUAUCUCAAAAUGUAUGAUCAUGGGAGCAGCUUUGUCAACUGUUUACUACAACCUUAGACUAAGGCAUCCAACAUUGGAUAUGCCUAUAAUUGACUAUGAUUUGGCACUUCUCAUUCAACCAAUGCUGAUGCUUGGAAUCAGCAUUGGAGUGACCUUCAAUGUUCUUUUCCCUGAUUGGAUGGUCACUAUACUGCUUAUUGUUAUCUUUGUAGUUACAUCAACCAAGGCAUUCUUUAAGGGUGUGGAAACUUGGAAGAAGGAAACCAUAAUGAAAAAGGAAGCUGCUCAGCGACAAGAGACAAAUGGUUCUGGUGCUGAAGCAGAGUACAAACCUCUUCCUGCCGGGCCAAAUGGUGGCACAGCAAAGAAGGAGGAACACCAGGUGACUAUUAUUGAAAAUAUAUACUGGAAGGAGUUGGGAUUACUUCUAUUUGUUUGGUUUUCAUUUCUUGCACUACAGAUUAUCAAGGAAUACUAUACAACUACUUGUUCAACAGCAUACUGGGUGCUGAACAUUCUACAGAUUCCGGUGUCAGUUGGGGUAACUGCUUAUGAGGCAAGUGGCUUAUUUAGCGGGCGUAGAGUAAUCUCUUCGACCGGAGAUGAAGAGAAAAAUUUCACUGUUCUUCAGCUGUUUAUAUAUUGCGUCUUCGGUUUACUGGCUGGAGUAGUUGGCGGCUUGCUGGGACUUGGAGGAGGAUUUGUUAUGGGACCACUGUUUUUGGAGUUGGGAGUCCCACCUCAGGUGUCAAGCGCCACUGCCACCUUCGCCAUGAUCUUCUCCUCAUCCAUGUCUGUUAUAGAAUACUACUUGUUGAAGCGUUUCCCGGUUCCUUAUGCUGCAUACUUGACUCUGGUGGCCACUAUAGCUGCCUUGGUUGGACAGCAUAUUGUGAGGAGAUUGAUCAUCCUAUUUGGGAGAGCUUCCCUUAUCAUCUUCAUUCUUGCUGGCACAAUAUUUGUUAGUGCAAUCUCAUUAGGUGGAGUUGGAAUAUCAAACAUGGUAUACAAGAUUGAGAAUCAUGAAUACAUGGGAUUUGAGAAUCUGUGCAAAUAUGGAUCAUAACACACCCCAUCUUGGAAGAAUGAUUUUGUCAUGUUUUGCAAUUUGCAUAUUGUAGUAGCAGAAAAGCCAAGAGCUUUCUGGUCAAAAAUUGUCCAUUAUUCUAAAUUUUGCCAACUCAUGCUGUAAUCUGUAGGACAUUUCCAGACUGAUAUUAUAUAUAAUAUAUAUUUUUUCUCCCUACAA